AUGGAGACUUGGCGGAAAGGUUCCUUCCGCAAUGCCUCCUUCUUCAAGAGAAUAACCCUGGGGCGGCCGCGGCGGCGACUCCGGCGGCAGGGUAGCAUACUUAGCCAGGCCAGCACUGCUGGUGGUGACCAUGAAGAGUACAGCAACCGAGAAGUCAUCCGGGAACUUCAAGGGAGGCCAGAUGGCCGGCGUCUGCCCUUGUGGGGGGAUGAGCAGCCCCGAGCCACCCUGCUGGCCCCACCCAAGCCCCCACGUCUCUACCGAGAGAGCUCCAGCUGCCCCAACAUUCUGGAGCCCCCAGCAGCCUACACAGCUGCCCACUCGGCCACCCUGCCCUCAGCAAUCUCCCUGACAGGCCCCCUCCACCAGUGCUCAGAGGAGGACCUUGUGGACACUCCCCAUUUCCCGAGGACACCUGCUCCGGACCUCAACGACCCUUUCUUUUCCUUCAAAGUGGACCUGGGAAUUUCACUUCUGGAGGAAGUUCUGGAGAUGCUAAAGGAGCAGUUCCCUGGUGAGCCCCACUUCUGACUCGGGUGAGGGCAGAGAGAACUGGGGUGACUGGAGCCUGGGGACCUAGGGAAGGAAGGCACAGUGUGGAUUAAGGAGCAGGUGGAGACAUAAGCCACAGUUCAGCCUGCCCUCUGGCUGCUGACCAGUCCUCCAAGGCACCCAGAGUGAAGGGACCGACGCCAGCCGGGAAUC